CGGUUGUGUGGCGGGCAGACUCCAGCGAGUCGCGACCACGCUUCGUUGUAUAACCAUAUUAUCCUUAAAAUAUUGUGUUCUAUCUAUAAGAGAAAGUAUAUCGUUGUAUUCUGUGCUAAAUAAUUAAUUUGGAAUAACGAUAAACAAUAAUAAUAAUUUGAUCUGGUUCAGCCGAGUCUAGUAAAUGGUAACCCUGCAUGGUCGAGCUUUUUAAAGUCAAAGACGAUAUACUCAUAUGUAAAUGCAUUAUCUACGCAUAUUAAUUGACCUGUGAUUGUGUUAUUAUUGUCAUUAUAUUUUUUUAUCUAUAGAAUCUGUGAUUUGUGAAUAACAGAAAUUACUACUACAGUCGACAGACUACGAUUAGUACGAUUAAAAACAAUAUUAUCUUUAAUCGUGCAACAGACUAUAUUCACUAAUAUUUAUAUUUUUUUCUCUUGUAUUAAUUUAUUAUCUUAUUUUAACAAUUUUACCUAACAUAAGAAUUUCAUUUCAAACCUUGAAUUUAGAUUAGUCAUAGACGUACGAGUUAAUUAUUAUUUAAUAUUUAUUAUUAUGUGGCCAUGUCGUCAUGCUUACUUUAUUUGAAUUUCUGACAUUGAAAUCAACUGUUCUGCGUUUCGUUAAUCGAUAUUGAAUUGCCUUAUGCUGAUUAAUUUUGUCGUAAACUAUUUUUCAAUAUGGGAAUGUUAUUUGGAAAACCAAAAGUCAGUCGUGUUACCGACCACGAUCGAGCAGUUCUGCAAAUGAAACAGCAAAGAGAUACAUUAAAGCGAUAUCAACAAAGAGUUGAAAAAUUACUAGAAAAUGAAAGAGAACUCGCUAAAAGACUACUGUCCGAAAACAAAAGAGAAAAAGCAAAGCUAUUGUUGAGGAAAAAGAAAUACCAAACAGAGCAGCUCGAGCGUACUGAAGUGUCUUUGGACACAAUCGAAAAAUUAAUUCAAGAUUUAGAAUAUACCCAAAUAGAAUACAAAGUUAUUGAAGGCCUUAAAGUUGGAAAUAUAGCCCUUCAAAAAGCGAAUGAAUUGUUUAAUAUUGAACAUAUUGAGCAACUUUUGGAUGAAACUAAAGAGGGAAUCGAUAAACAAAGAGAAAUAACCGAUUUACUUAGUGGAUCCUUGUUAUCUGAGGAUGAAGAUGCAGUUGAAGCUGAAUUAAAUGAAUUAAUUGCUGUAGAACAUCAAAAAGCUGUUGAUAUGUUACCAACCGUACCAUCAGAUGAAUUACCAGUAACUGUACCAGAGACCAAAGAGGAAGACAAAUUGCAUACAAAGAAGAUUGCGUUAGAAGCUCAGUAAAAUUAAUCAUAAUAUUCGGUUAAAAUGUUACCGAAUUAAAGUAGAAGUAAAUUUCUUUUUAACACAUUAAAAUUUUUAUUUUCUGUUAUUGUAUAUAAUAUUAAAAAUUUGUAUGUUUAACAUACAUAUUUAUUUUAAA